AUGGACAUUGUAUUUAACGGCCCAUUGAUCCAUCACCUGUUGUUGAAGGAGGUUGAGGAGCCUAGGGAGGAUGUCAUUAGCUUUGAUCUACUUAGGAAAAGGGUGUCUUGCGGUAAGCGAGAGUUUGAUCUAAUCACUGAGCUUAGGCAUAAAAUGCAUAGAGUAGAUAACGAUAUUCCCAGCCGAAGACUUAGAGCACGUUAUUUUAAGGACAGUGUGAGGGUUAAGUGUAACGAGCUGGAGAAGAUUUUUAUGGAGCAAGGUUUUGACAACGACAAGGAUGUUGUCAAGGUUGCCAUAGUCUACUUCAUAGAACUUGCCAUGACGGGUAAGGAGAGAAAGCAGACAAUUUGGAGCGUGAAGAACGCUCUAAAGGAUAAACUACCGAUGUACCAACAAAAGACGAUAGACGACCCCACACACGUUGAGACUUACAGUCUCUAUGGGUUCCCGUACGCGAUUCAGGUGUGGGCAUAUAAGACUACCUCGACGUUGAGUGCGAGUAGCAACGAGGUUGAGUGA